CAGACAUUAGUCACAUGACGCGUCGACGUCACGCUUUCGUACGCUUUUUGGAUUCGGACAGGAGAAGAUGGCGGCCUCCUCAGGAGUUAAAGUCCCUCGUAAUUUUCGUUUGUUGGAAGAGCUUGAGGAAGGACAGAAGGGUGUUGGUGAUGGGACGGUGAGCUGGGGUCUGGAGGAUGACGAGGAUAUGACUCUCACACGGUGGACGGGCAUGAUCAUCGGACCUGCACGAUUGGAUGCACGUAGCAUACCAAUUCUAGCAAAAUGGCAAAACUCAUAUAGCAUUAAAGUCGUUCUUCAAGAGCUAAGGCGUCUUAUGAUGUCCAAAGAGAAUAUGAAGCUUCCUCAACCACCGGAAGGACAGACAUACAGCAAUUAAUUGUAAAUGAUUGUUAUGACCCUCUGUCUUAAACCUUACUCUCUUAGAAAUGUCUUGUAAAUCGUCAGAAAAAGAAAAAAACAAAACAAAUUUUGCUCACUCCACACUCAAACAGUCUCCUCUGCGGGAGCACGAUUGGACAUUUCUAAUAGUUUAGCUUGAGAAACAAAGAAAGCAAAACGCUUAUAUUGUGUGGCACCAUGUUCAAUUCUGUUUUAAAGUUAAGAGUGCACAAAUCUCUCUCUUCCAGUAACAUUUACAUCGACCACAAGCUUUAUGAUGAUGAACUGAAUCCAGCCAGCAUAGACGCAGAAAAGAAGGCAUGCUAGGUGAGGUUUAUACAGAUCUGUUCGUUUUAAGUUAAAGUAACAGGACACCAAAACUACAAAAAAAAAAAAUAGGAUGCAUAUACAAUGGCAUGCUUAUUAAAAAAAUAAGAGGGAAAAAAAAAACGUAAAUUGUAAGUUAACUGAACUUUUUUUGUGUGUGUGUACCUGAACCCCUCACUGACAAUAACGUUAAGGGUCCUAAAAGUGUGCCUGUAGUCUGCUAGUAUCGCAAAAGGGGUGGGAGCGGUUCUGAACUUUCUCUUCUGUUUCGUUUUUAGUUUUUAAUGUCUGUAUUUGACACAAUCGCAGUGUGUUUCAGCGCGUUGUAAACGUAUGCUCUGUUCUGUUCUGUUCCGAAAUCAAACCGUGCACAAGCAUCUGUCGGGUGCAUUAAAAUAUGACUCUCCAA